AUGCCCAGAGUCCAUGCCCAGAUCAGACAUGUGACUGACACCGACCCCAUAUUAUUACAGCCCGAGGAUAUCAUAGAGUCUGAGCCAGAGGAGGACCAAGACGCUGGAAGAAGAGCACGGAAACGCAGGCGGAUAGAGGUCAUCGCCAACCAAUACAUCAAGCUUGGGAGAGUGCCAUUGAUUGUGUCUGCGGAGUUGCGCGGCCCCUUCGAAAAUGGCUGGAAGAAUCCUUGGGUGACAACACCAACCAAUGCAAGAAGCGAAGCUGUACGUGCAGGGAAUGCUGGGGAGAGGAAACCACACGAAGCCAAGAGAGUCAAUCCUGCGCAUACAAGGGCAACGCAGACCAAAGCAAACCACGCCCAACCUACGUCAUCUAUUCCGUCUCCUGAGGCCUCGCGUGCUCCCGAUAUCGCUCAGGAUAGCGUUUCUGCCCCAGCCGACGUUCAUGAUGAAGACCAUGAAUCACCAUAUGCGUCAACAGCACUGAAAGAUGAUACGGGCGCUACAGAGUCCUUCGACGUUGAUCCUGACCCCUCCGUCAGUUUCGACAAUUUCGAAAGCAACCCCUUUUGGUUGAAGCGCCCCCAACCAAAGUCCGCGGCCUUUGGCAAAUCCACGAACGGCAACCAUGAUCCUUCCCCGACACGUGCUCGUCUGGGACAUAGGCCGGUGGACAGGCAAGGGAACCUGCUCCUUGUUACUCCAAAACAGCCCGUAAAUAUGCUACAGUCAGAUCCUGGACGGACCCAGGGCCCAGAGCCAGAUUGGAUCCCGGCCGCUUCGGCAUCCAUGGCCAUAACCUCACCCGCAAAACCCACCCAGAUCGUGCAAGAGACCGUAUCUUCCGGUUAUUCAACGAGGAGGAAACGGACUUACUCGAAGUUCGAGAGAGGCAGUAUGAGAGAGGACCAAAGUGUAAUCAGGGCCGCCGAGGAUAGAUCAUCGCCAGAUCUGACCACCCGACGUGACGCAUCGAUUGAACAGUCUUCUCCACAUCCAGGGGACGUCAAGGACCACAGCGCGCCCGACCCCGAUACCCGCGCUGCGCAUCACACCUCAGGCUUCACACCAAUCAACGGACCAUCGCGAAGCGCUACGACUGUCCGAGCCGAAGAGACUAAGCUUUCAAAAUCCCAGGAACAAGAAGCUGAUGCUAAACAUGCUCAGCAAGUAUCUAUGUCGGCCCCUACCACCAAGGAACGAUUUGCGAACCAAGUCAGUCAGGAUUUUGCGGGACGUCACCAGCUAACAACAUCUUCAUCACGUCCAGCACGCACCGGCCAAAAGAAGAAAAAGCAGCGCGUGAACGAAAAUGCACCUUCCGUACGCCAUGACCAGAUCACCUCACCAACGUUCGCCUCUUCGACUGGCUUCAUGUACAGAAGAAUAGGAGAGGCAAAACGAGCAACGUCUUCGGACAAACCCGAGCCCCGACCCGUAACGUUCAGCUCUCCCGCUGUCGCCGAGCAGAUUCCUACAGAAACAGCCGAGCACGAGGUGGACUCCGUUAAUGAAGCCAGCGAACACGAGCCCGUCGCUACAGCGGAACCGCGAAUGGAACGACCAGACGUGUAUGACGUACCGGGAAGUCCGCAAGAGCAGCAGGAACAGCAAAGCUACAAAUCGAGCCGUACGUCGGGCUUUUCAACGCAGGCUGCGUUGAUGAUGGCUCAGAUGGAAUUCCAAGAUGGGACAAUGCCUACUAUAGCAGAAGACGCUCCGACGCCAUGGACAAGAACCAGCACAGCGCAUGAGGAUCCCAUCAUACCUAGUCCCGCAUUCACUCCAUUCCAUAAAUUUAAUGCAACGCUUGAAGAGGAUCACCUACCCGAGCCUACAAUGCAGAACAUGCCCAUCAGUACACAAGAUCUGUUCGCCACGGUAUCUCCAUUCGCGAAUAGCACGGUCAAGAAGUCUACAAAACCACCGGCAAGUAAUUUGAGGUUCUCAGUCUUUGCAAACGCAGAGCAAGAUACCCCGAGCCACAGCGGCUCUCGAAACCACACCAGGAGCCCUACGACUUCGCAGCGGAAACCACUACGAGAAAAGAACAGCCGAGUGUCUUUUCUGGGCUCACAGUCUGAGAAGGGUUCGCAGGGCGAGAAAGCAUCGCAAGAGUCUAUUACGCCCCGGCCAUCGAAGGCUCCCAUGGUGCAAGCUGUGGAGCUACCACAACUAGACUUCCACACAUCGAAUGUUGAUCUCGAUUUCACAGAUCGCUUCUUGCUCAACGUCAACGAGAUGACCUGA